AUAGAGAGAAAUUGAGAGAGAGAUUAGCAAUGGCAAGGACAGAGAGAGGUUUGGGCAAGAGAGAUUUGAGCAUGAUUUUUACAGAGAUAACUCCACCUCAUGGAUGGAAGCAGGAUCAUGAUUUCCAUUACUUACGCUUAACACUCCCCGGGUUCGAGGCAAACGACAUCACCAUACACAUGGAUAAGUACGGUCAUCUAGUGGUGCGUGGCAACAAACAAGUGACUGAGCACAAGUACGUGAGCUUUGAGGAGACGUAUGAGAUUCCAAGUGAUGCUAAGCUGGACGAUGCCAUGGGAUUGUUCGAAGAUAACCAAAUUUAUUGCGUUACUAUACCAAAAGUGAAGGGCCAACAACAACAUGCAAUCACCAUGCCCAAAGAGCAUAAGAUCAAUCCGAAGCCGCGUGAUAAUGCUUCAAUUCACCAAUACGACAACAACGACAGGAACAGCAAUGUCGAAAAGCCAGAGGUCCCGGCUCAAGGAAGUACUAAGCCUCGGAAAGAUUAUUUGAAAAUUGUUAGAGGAGACAAGUCCGCCAUGAUGAAAAUUGCAUUAUAUAUAGCAGCAUUGAUUGCUUUGACUGUGAUCACGGUGCUUAUGAUUCUUAAGCUUCGUUCCUAGUAAAAUACUUGUACAGCUUUCAUGCUAGAACUUAAAUUUUUAUGUGUACAUAAAAUUAUUGGAUCGCAUGUGUAUAAGAAUGAUGUUCAUUUUCAA